GAAAUGUUAUCUUGAAAUACAUGUAAACAACUGAUAACUGAAUACCAAUUAAAUGAUUGAAUCAAACAAAUGGGUUGUAAUUUAGUAGCAAUUGUUGAUUAAUCAGCUAUUUUUGCGAUACUUAAUACACUUGUUAUACUCAAUACAUCCGUCCAUUCAUUACAACUGACGCCACACGAAGACAUAGUCAUCGCGAGUGCGGAUCAAAUCCAGCCCUAAAUCUGUUGACCAAACUUUGCCUUUAAAUUGUUGUCAACGAAGAAAACAAAUGUUGAAAACAAUUAUAUGUUUGGUUUUGUGUCUGAUUUUGUUACCAGAGUGCAAAUCUGCGGCCAAUAACUGCUUAUUUCGUGGCAAAUGCGGUGAAUGCGAUGACUGCACGUACGGACAGUUCCCCAUACCAUGUCUUGUGGACGAACCGCCCGUCCAUCUGGACGAAGAACACGCGGAUCAGUUGAAACAAUUGGCGCCCGAACUCUUCACAGACGCGGAUCCAGUGUUUUGUUGCGACGAACAACAGGUGACGGAUAUCAUCGCCCAAACAGGGUUUGCCGUCUUCACGAAGCGCUGUCCCUCUUGUUUCGUGAACUUCGCCAAAAUCUUUGUCCACAUGUCUUGUAAUCCAAAUCACUCGCAAUUUCUGAAAGUGACGGGCAGUAAGACCGCCCAAUCGGAUCCCAACAAACUAAUGCUCACGCAAUUGAGUUAUUACAUGUCCGACAACUACGCGAACGGCGCCUACAACUCAUGCGUUAACGUCCAGUUCCCCUCAGCGGGCUCUACGGUUAUGCAGCUGUUGUGCGGCAUAUACGGGGCCGCCGACUGCAGUCCCGCCCGUUUCCUGGAGAGUCUGGGCGCUGUCCACACCUCUCCUUUUGAAAUCAACUUUCAUUUAUCCGAAAGAACGCCUGAAAGUGAGAUGAAUGUGAAACCUGUCGGCUGUAAUGAAGUGCCAAAAGGUUUCUCAAAUCAGACGUGCAGUUGUGCCGACUGUCCCGUCAAAUGCGAUCCCAAACCUUAUCCAAUGCCAGUUAAGCCGUGGAUCAUAUGGGGAGUGGACGGCAUGUGGCUUAUUAUGGGAUUUGUUUAUUAUCUAAUAGUUGUCAUCAUUAUUGGAGUUUUUAUAUUUAAUUAUUACAAAUCAACAUCAGGACAUAUUCUUUUGGUCCCCAAUUUUGACGAUGAUUUACCAAAUGAAACACUUUUAGAGACCAAACCAUUACUGUUUACGAGAAUAACAGACAAAUUGCUUACUAUUGGGUCUAAAUUUGAUCACAUAAUCCGAACCGGAUUUAAAAACUAUGGUGUCUUGUGUUCCCGAAAGCCGUUUACAUUUAUUCUCCCAGUGAUAGGCGUUGCGUUAGCGUUGGGUCUAUCGGUUGGCGUUUUGACUCAUUUUACUCCAAUGACAGAUCCGGUGAGCCUAUGGUCUGCACCCAAUAGUCGAGCGCGAACUGAGAAAGACUUCUUUGACCGACACUUCAAUCCUUUCUAUCGAAUUCAACAAAUAAUAAUCCAUCCGAAGACGGAGUCGUCUAUAAUACAUAUCAAUCCCAACAACUCAUCGCAAACCAUAACAUUCGGUCCGGCAUUCAAUAAGGACUUUCUGUUGCGAGUCUUAGAAUUGCAAACAAAAGUGACUAAUAUUACAGCUAAAGUCAACGGACAAGAUGUGGUCUUAACUGAUCUCUGUUUCGCUCCCAUGAAGAACAAUAUCUGCGCCAUUCAGUCACCUCUCGGUUACUUUCAGAGCAAAGCCGCUAACAUUGACAAAAUAGUGAAUAAAUACAAUUAUUUGGACCACUUUUACAGUUGUCUGAAGAACCCGACGCUUCAGAACGACACGGAACUAUCGAUGAGCUGUUCGGGCAGUUAUGGCGGACCCGUAUUUCCAAAUGUGGUUUUUGGUGACUUUUCGGGCAACAACUACAAGAGUGCCCGCUCUGUAGUGAUCACAAUAAUGCUCAACAAUCACAUCGAUAAGAAGGAUAAUAUACCGGCGAUGGCGUGGGAACAGCUAUUUCUUAAUUUAUUGCAUCAGUACAAUACUUCAGAUUUUAAUAUCGUUUAUUAUUCUGAGCGUUCGCUCGAAGACGAGUUGGACAGACAAAGCAGAUCCAGUCUCGUGACGAUUGCCAUUAGUUAUAUCGUUAUGUUUGUCUAUAUCUCUAUAGCUUUGGGUCGUUUCACUUCAGUUCAAAGACUUUUUAUCGAUUCGAAGAUUAUAUUGGGUUUAUGCGGAGUGAUUAUUGUGUUGCUAUCAGUGACCGCAUCCAUUGGUUUAUUAAGUUUCUUAGGCGUUAAAUCAACACUAAUUAUAGUGGAAGUCAUACCAUUCCUAGUACUGGCCGUUGGCGUCGAUAAUAUAUUUCUUUUGGUUCAAAACCUUCAGCGCCAAGAGUUUAGAGCAGACAUUCCAGUGGAGCAACGGUUUGGCACAGUUCUCGAGAGUAUUGCGCCCUCUAUUCUAUUGGCCACUAUAGCCGAGUCGUCGUGUUUUUUCUUGGGUGCGCUCACAGAUAUGCCCGCCGUUCGGGUGUUCGCACUAAACGCCGGUUUAGCCCUUUUAAUAGCAUUUGUCUUACAAAUGAUUGUUUUCAUACCACUGCUUGUGUUCGACACGUAUAGACAGUUAAACAAUAGGUAUGAGUUGUUGUGUUGUUUAAAGUUAUCGAAACGACACGACUUGGAGGAAGAGCCCGAAUCGGAUAGCAAUGGACUGCUUUAUAAAUUUUUUGAACACAUAUACGCGCCAUUACUCAUGAAGGACUAUAUAAGACUACCAGUUAUAAUCGUAUUCUUGGGCUGGUUCUGCACGUCAGUCGCAGUGAUCAAUAAGUUGGAUGUGGGUCUCGACCAACAGCUCUCAAUGCCCUCCGAUUCGUAUUUAUUGCCUUAUUUUGAGGCACAGACCAAAUCAUUAGGCGUCGGACCACCGGUUUAUUUUGUGGUCAGAUCUGAUUUCGAUUACGCGCACAAACAGAAACUCAUUUGCAACUCUGCCGGCUGUUCGGCCAACUCAUUGGGCGCUCUUCUCACCGACGCCUCAAAGCAUCCGAACCAGACGUUUAUCGCCGGUUCCGUUGCCAACAAUUGGGUCGACGACUAUAUCGGUUGGGCGAGCGAUAAGAAGUGUUGUCGCGAGAAAGAGACCAAAGACGGACCGGCCUUUUGUGACUCAACGGAGAAGAAUCCCAACUGUACUUAUUGUAAAGGUUUGUACGAUUCCGAGAUCGAAGCGGAGAUAUUUCCCGAUAUGUUUAACCACUCGUACCUUAAUCAGUAUCUGAAUGAUAUUCCCAACGCCUUUUGCUCUAAAGGCGGAGGGCCCGCCUAUGGUGCAGCUGUUGAUUGGUUGUGGGGGACAAACCAAACUGAUCAUAACCAAACUCAUCAUAUGAACGAUACAAUUCUCAUUAAAGCGUCGUCUUUUAGUACAUAUCACACGGUUAUGAGGAGUUCUCACGAUUUCAUAUAUGCUCUCAAAAACGCCCGAAUUUUGGCCGAGAGUUUGACUCAAUCGAUAAACGCCGACAAUAAAGCGGACGAUCAUUACGUGGAAGUGUUUCCCUACAGUAUAUUCUAUGUAUUCUAUGAACAAUACUUGACGAUAUGGACGGAUACCAUCACGAAUCUGGUUAUCACUAUAUCAGCCAUAUUUGUGGUCACAUUUAUAUUCUUGGGAUUCGAUUUGAUAUCAUCGUUGAUAGUCAUAGCGAUGAUUGUGGCCAUUGUUGUAAACUUAAUGGGAUUCAUGUUUUGGUGGAAUAUAUCGCUGAACGCCGUCUCUCUGGUCAAUCUCGUGAUGUCUGUGGGAAUAUCAGUCGAGUUCUGCUCUCAUAUAACGCGCGGAUACGUAAUGAGCGAACGGCCGACACGUGUGGAGAGGGCGGAGGAUUCGUUGGCGACGAUGGGCUCAUCGGUGCUGUCGGGCAUCACAUUCACCAAAUUCGGUGGAAUAGCGGUUCUCGGGUUCGCCUCAUCGAAGAUAUUUCAGAUUUUCUACUUUCGUAUGUAUUUGGGAAUAGUAUUAAUCGGAGCCCUUCACGGACUCCUCUUCUUACCCGUCAUUCUCAGCCUAAUUGGCUCACAAUUAAGGCACCGAUAGUUACACUCAUUUUUAAUUAGACAAUCAAAUUAUAUCAUAAUUAUAUAUUUAUAUGUAAAGCACUAAUCUAUUUAUCGUUAUAUUUUGCCAUUUAAUUAAGAUUUUAUAGAUUUAUAUGUAUUGUAAAGAAAUCAAAACAAAUAACAAAACAUUUUAUAAAUCGAUCCAAAUUUAUUUGAUGUC